GAGAAACAAACAAACCGAGCUCCAUCAUGUCAUCCGACCAGGUCAUCGCCAUCGUCAUGGAGGACAAAACCUACGAGGUGAACAAGAAGAAGCUGAUCGAGAAGAGCGACUACUUCCGAGCCCUGUACAGCUCCGGCAUGAGGGAGUCCACGGAGGACUCUGUGCAGCUGCAGGGGCUCAGUGUGCCCGGCCUGGAGCUGGUCCUGGAGUUCAUCAACACCUCCAAGGUGCAGGUGGUCAACGAGACUCUGGAGGAUCUGAUUGAGACCGCCUCCUUCUUACAGGUCACCUCCAUCCUCAAGCUCCUCACCUCUGAGAUCCGGCUUGACAACUGCGUGGAGCUGUACACCCUCUCUGAGGUGUACGGCACCCACGAUCUGCGUAAUGCUUGCCUCAAAUACAUGAGCUGCUACUAUCACCCCAUGCUUAGGCGGACCGAGUUUGGCAGCCUCCCCCCGGCCGUGAGAGACCAGGUCAAGGAGAUGCGCAUGAAAGGCACCGCCACCCUGGUUGCCAUCGGUGACUUCACCUGUCUGUCCCUGGACGUGCCCGAUCAGGAUGAACCCUGGUCCAUGCUGAGGUACGGAGAGGUGGAGCAGCGCUGGAAACCUCUGGCAAACAACCUGCCUCCAGAUAUGAUCAACGUGAGAGGCUACGGCUCGGCCGUGCUCGACAACUACCUGUUCAUAGUCGGCGGGUACAGGAUGACGAGUCAGGAGAUCUCCGCCGUGCACUGCUACAACCCCUGCAGGAACGAGUGGAACCAGGUGGCCCCGCUCAACCAGAAGAGGUCCAACUUCAAGCUGCUGGCGGUACAAGGGAAGCUGUACGCCGUCGGAGGCCAGUGUCUGGGCACGGUGGAGUGUUACAGCCCAGAACAGGACUGGUGGACCUGCGUGUCCUCGAUGCCGAACCCGCUGGCUGAGUUCUCUGCCUGUGAAUGCCAGGGGAUGAUCUACGUGAUGGGUGGAUACACUGCAAGAGACAGGAACACAAACGUCCUCCGGUACUGCCCCACCUCUGACACCUGGACCGUCUUCCGAUCCUGCUCUGCGCAUAUCCGCAAGCAGCAGAUGCUCUCCGUGGAGGACACCAUCUACCUGGUGGGCGGCUACACCCACGAGCUGGAGGCGGGCCGGCGGCAGCGUCGUCCCAGCCAGACUGAGGACGUCCUGACGGUGCAGUCGUACAACGUCACCACAGGCGAGUGGAUCCAGCUGAAGGAGAACACGUCCAAGUCGGGCCUGAACCUGACGUGCACGCUGCACAACGACGGCAUCUACAUCAUGAGCCGCGACGUCAGCCUGCCCACCAGCCUGGAGCACCGCGUCUUUCUCAAAUACAACAUCUUCUCCGACGCCUGGGAGGCCUUCAGACGCUUCCCGGCUCUGGGACAGAACAUGCUGCUCUGUUCGCUUUACCUGCCCAACCUGCUUUGAUCGGUUCGGCGAACACUGACAGACUGUGGAGCCAAUGCAGCAUUAAUAUAGGCCAGUGUGUGGCUUUGCUUGUCCUUGCACAGAACGGGUCUCUGUGGGAACAGUGUGCGGUCGCCAAGGUUUGAACACCUCGUGAUCUCUGUGCCUCGAAAAACCACAAAACGCACUACACUGUACAUACUGCUGUGGAUGCAAAUACAAAAGUAUGAAAGUGAUGAAGCGCUAUGGCCCGUAGGUCAACAGCAUCUUAGCAGCUUAGCCCCAGUUUGAACCUCUCAUGUAUUAACUUUUAAAAAAAGUUACAUUUGAGUCGCAGGAAAGUUUGAAGAACCCAGAAGGUUGUCGGGCAAAUCAGAUCAGUGUGUCCAGGCGCUUUUGUCGCUGGCUGAAAUUUAAAAAAAAAUUCAAACCACCUCAAAAAUGAAACUUGGAUCUGAGUUGAUGCCCAGACGUACUAAAAUCAAUUUGGAUUUUCCCAAAAAAUUAUUUGGGCCGGCAGUCUGAACCUCUCUCGAUCAUCUGUAUGAAGAAAAUACUUGUUUCCUUUAACUCUCUCCAAGGUGGCAACUUGUGCAACAGGUUAAACAUCUUUUCUUUUUUUUAAAAUCUGAAGUAUGAUGCUAAUACAUGAGAGGAACAAACUGGGGCUACAUAACAGCAUGCUUUCAAAUCUAUGGGCCACGAUAUUCUCGAUGUUUACACUCCAAAUAAUGGCAUUGGCAUAUGCGUUUCUCCAUAAUUCACUACAAACCUUAAAACACAUUUCUUGUCGUCUUUACGUACUGUACAUAGCGGAUAAUCAUGAACUAUGGCUUUGGUUUUACACUGCCAGUUUUAUGGGGAUUCGAAGAUUCCUCUGAAAGUUGAGAAGCGGCUCAGAGGGAGCUUCAUGUGUUUUAUGCACACUUGCACAGUCUUAUUAUUAUUAUUUAAUUUUUCCAGAGAUUACACUAAGCAAAGCUUAAAGCGCAAAUUCCAUGAAAUGAACGAUGCACAUGUGCCUUCUGCAAACCUCAGUUUUUAGGAACUUGAUACAGAGAAAAAAAAAAAGCACAAAAUGCAACACUUUGUUACAUUGCCAGCCAGCAACUGACCAAAUCUGCUGUGUUUGAUUUUUUUUUUUCUUCCCUCUCUGCUAACGCAGAUUUUUGUUUGUUUGUUUCCAUUAAGGUACUUUUCAGUUCCUUGAUUUAAUUAAUUAUCGGCGGCGUGCGGACGUGAGGAACGAGCCUCCAGAAUGAAGUUUAUUUCAGAAUCUGGUUUUGUUUUGGGUAAACGCAGCACUACAAAUGUUUGAUUUCAGAUUCUCUCUCUCUGCAUUACUUAUUUGUUUGGAAAUUUAAGGUCAUGAUAAUAAAGAUGCUGUUCAGGGGUCCGUUUUUGUCGUUUGUCCUUUAAUUCACUAAGUUUUGGGAGGAGCACUGACAGUAUAAAG